UAGACAAGCUGGUUCAGCGCUCAAUCCACGCAGCUGCUCACGGCACAGCACAGAAUCUCUCCAAACACGUCGCUGAGGCACUGACACUGGUUUCCCGUGGCAGCAGUGGAGGAGGAGGAGGAGGAGGGGGAGACACGGAGACCGUCCCCGUACACAUGCACUGCAGGAGCGUCGUCAUCCCCAGUCUGCAGCCAGCAGGGAAGCAACAGAAGAGAUCCGCGGGGAAGGCACGGGAGGGAGGGACAGCGACGAGCCAGGAGGGAGCGACGGGGAGCGACGGGAAGGAAACGAUGGAAAAGAUCCCAGAGGGAGACAUCCAGGAAGAAACACUGCAAAAUUUCCAGGAUGGAGCAACAGGGAAUAUCGAAGAAGGAGCAGCAGGGAAUAUCGAGGAGGGAAUGACAGGGAAUAUCGAGGAGGGGUUGACAGGAGAGAUGCAGGAGGGAGGGACAGGAGAGGUGCAGGAGGGAGGGACAGGAGAGGUGCAGGAGGGAGGAACAGGAAGUAAGAAGAAGAAGGGAGCGGGAGAGGCCAUCGUAAUCAUCGCUCCCCUUCCCAAUUACUUCCUGCAGAGUCUGCGGGAGCUGGAGAUGGACGUCCGCUCGCUAGGUGGCGCUGACGACGCGUGAGUUCAUCCAGCUCGCUAGGUGGCGCUGACAACGCGUGAGUUCAUCCGGCUCGCUAGGUGGCGCUGACGGCGCGUGAGGUUGUCGCCUCGCUAGGUGGCGCUGACGACGCGUGAGUUCGUCCGGCUCGCUAGGUGGCGCUGAUGACGCGUGAUCGAUAGUAGGAGAAAUCAUCAAGAGACGGAAGAAGCAGAAGUGAAGAGCUGAUAUCUGUUUAUGAUGAUAUCUGUUUAUGAUGAUAUCUGUUUAUGAUGAUAUCUGUUUAUGAUGAUAUCUGUUUAUGAUGAUAUCUGUUUAUGAUGAUAUCUGCUUCAUCAUGCAUUUCGCCAUUGUUUGGUAUGAUAUAUAUGAUAUACAUACGAUAUGUACGAUAAAAUAUGAUGUGGCAUCGUGUGGUAAUGGUAUAAUAUGAUAUGAUACGAGUUGAUAUGAUAUGAUACGAUAUGACAUAAUAUGAUAUGAUAUGAUAUGAAAUCAAACGAUUUUUUUUGAGAUAAAACGUAAUAUGCUGAUAACCUCAUAUGGAUGAUAUAACGUAUCUAUACGUAUCUCAAAAAAAUAAGGUUUUUUCACAAAUAAACUGACUAGUCAGUGUGACACAGA